UCCUCCUGUCUGUACUUACUACUUGUGUAAAAGGCGGAUGUGUUGUGUGCAUUUUCCAACGAUCUACUAAAGUUUAUUUAAUAUCAAAAUAAUAACAGCUUAUUUACUUAGUAUAGUAUAAAUAAAAUUUUUUUUUUUACUGUUGCUCUUAAGUCAAUGAUAUUCGACAGUACUAGACUAUAAUUAUUUUAAAUGUUGCAAACCGAAAAAAUGCCUGAUCUAGUGGAAGUAAUGAGGAUGGGCAAGGAUCAUCGUCUUAAACAUAGACAGUUACCCCUACAAGUCGAUGAAAAUUUGACUUUGGUUAUGGAUUUGAGUAAUGAAGACUUAGUUCAAGAAGUAAAACAAGUACCUCCAUUAAAAGUUCAAUCACUGGAUAGUUUUAUAAAAAAGUACCGAAUGUUGAACAAACGUGAACUCCAAGAUGUUUUAAAAGUAUCUAUUAAAGAAAUAUUAGACAUUAUGAGUGAAAGUAUAGACUGUGUUGGAUGUCGAAGAAGUGCUGAAAAACUAUUUAUUGAAAUGGCUAAACUUGGUCAAAAUGCAUUAUUUCCCCUUGUUGUGGUUAACAGCUAUUUUAUUUCUAUAAGAUAUGAAUUUUAUGACGAAGAACGAUGCAUGUACAAUCUACUUCAAAAUACUAAUGGAAAUCGAUUAUCUUCAAUAGCAUCUAGUCGAAGACAAUCAAAAAAAAGUAGAAGGUGUGUAUAUCAUUCCCUUGAAUCACAGCGUUUAGUAAGACCUAUGGCUAGUGGAUGGCAAGACAUUUGGAAGCAUAUGACUGAUCCUUGCAGAGAUGAAAUUGUACUCAUAGAGUCUAGUAGUUUAUUGAGUACUCUGGACAAUUAUUUAAGAAAACACAGAUUUUGUGGAGAUUGUCGAACUAAAGUAAUGAAAGCAUAUGCGUUAUUAAUUGAAGAAGAAGAUCCAUCUAAAGAAAAAGGUUAUGUAGAAGAGCUUUACUCUGGUAUUAAACGAUGUGUUGGUGAUAAACAUGUUCAUUUGGACACAGACAUAAACUAUAUAGGUGCAUUAAUUAGUCGUGCUGAACCUGAACUUAUGGGAAACCGUAGAGAACGUCAUGCCAAAACAAUAGAAAUUGCUCAAGAAGAAGUUUUAACUUGUUUGGGUAUUUGUGUAUAUGAACGACUGCAUAGAAUACAAUUAAGAAUUAGAGAAGAGCAGUAUACUUGUCAAGUCUUAGCUGCUGCAGCAAUUGAUGGGUUAGCCCGAAGAUUUGAGACUGCUAUAGAAGUUAAACAAGGGUAUACCAAAUUGGAUCAGUUUUACAAUGAGUUUUCUAAAAAAGAGAAAAAGACACAAAAAAGAAAACGGCUAAGGAAGCAAAAGCGAUUACAAAAAAAAGAAAUAAAACAAGAUUCUAAAAUAAAACCUUGUUGUGAGGUGAGUAAUGCCAAUCUUGAUGAAGACUGUUCUUGUGAAAUUGAUGAAGAAGUGGAUUUUGUAGAAGAUGAUAUUGAUUACGUUGAUGAUGAUGAUGAUGAUGAUGGCGUCCAAUCAAAUGAAAGAGAGGAUUCUGAUGAAACUACUUGUGAUCAUAUAGAUGAUAAUUGUUCUUGUGAAAAUGUACAAUUGAUAGAAAGAGUACGGAAAAUAAAAAUGUCAGGUAACAGAAUAAAAAGUGUUUCUACUCCUAUUAAGUUGUGUGAUUGUGCUGAAUGUAAUUCCAAAGGAACCAGAAAAUCAAAAAAGGAAAAAAGAAACGAUGAAAAAGAAAAACGCAGUAAAAAAAAGCAGUCUAAAAAUAGCCGGAAAAAUUCAAAGAAAGAUAAAAAACCUAAUGUACAAUUAUCAAUUAAAAAAGAGGAGAUAAUAAAUUAUAAUUUAAAUGAAGAUGAUGAAGAAGAUUGUGAUCUUGAUGAUGAAAUGGUAGAUGAAAAUCAUUCAAUGGAGCAUAACUGCAAAUCUAAUACAAUUAGCCAUGAUCUAUUACCUGGUAGUUGUAGUUCAUGCCCAUCACUUUGUGAUCAUUCACAAGAUUAUGGUUAUGCAUCAGCAGAAAACAAUAAUCAUAGUAAUAGUACAAGUUCUCCAGAUGGUUCAGAUGUGGCUUGUUCAGAGGGUUUAUGUAACCAUUCAGGGGAAGUUUCAAAAUUAAAAUGUUAUUAUGAAGUAGGAACAUUAUCUUGUAAACCACUACCACUCCAUCAGUUAUUAUUUGAAGAACUGGAAAAAAAUACCAUCAUUAGAGAUGAAACUCUAAUACCGUCAGAAGAAGUAGAAAUGUACAAGGUGUGUGCUAUGUUGGUGAAUGAAAAACGUCUCAAGCUCAGAGAAACACUGAAAAGUGGUUUUGCCAAUUUAAAAGACCCUCUAAUGUUAUAAUUUAUUUCUGGAGUGAUAUUUCUCACUUCCCUUAUUCCAAAAAAUUUUUAAAAGCCGUUUUAGUUAAUUUUUCAUUAUACUUACUUAUAUAAUAUAGAUACAUUUUUUUGCAUAUGUAAAAAAUAUUUUGUUUAGUUGAUAUUUGUGAAUAAAUUGUUCUGACUCCUUUUUAUUAGAUCAAUACAAAUUUAUUUAAGAAUAUUUUUUAUAUUAUAAAUUAAAUUUAUUAGUGGAA